UGGCAGUAUCGCGGACUGAAACCGCUUGUGAUCCAUGUGCUCGCUUAUGUGCAAAUUUGGGUAUCUCCGCUCCCGCACAUUGCUAGCUGGGCCCGGGUCGUCGCCAAAGCCUCCGGCUUGGCGCUCAUAUAUAGGUGUAGACAUUCCAGGGUUUCUGGUGACCACACAUACUAACUCUGUUCGAAAUACAUCAUGUCGCUUUUCCUCUGUGUUGACUGUGGUGGAUCCAAGGCGUCUGCUGCAAUCGCAGACAAAUCUGGCACUAUCCUCGGGCGUGCCCUGGGGGGCCCAUCUAAUUUUUCGUACAUGUCUGCUUCUGCAUUUACAGAUGCUGUUCGCGUAGCAGUAUCUAAUGCACUGAAGACUUGCGUCUCUCCACCAUCCACCGACCCUGUCCCACUCCCUCCAAACACUGAGAUAUUUGCAUCCGCAUGGUUCGGUAUCUCCGGCGUCGACUCCCUAGCUGCGGUCGCCAAUGCCUCAGCAGCACUCUCCGCUCUCCUCGGGAUACCCCUAGGUCCACGGUUGGUGGUAGCCAACGACACACAUCUUCUUGCUGCCCCGCUACGGCUUCAUCCUGACAUAAAGCAUGCUGUAGCUGCGAUAGGCGGCACAGGAUCUUGUGUCGUUUCCUUUCAGCGCGAGCCCUCAGGCAUGCUGAGUGAACUUGCACGCACUGGCGGGUGGGGAUGGAUUUUGGGAGACGAAGGCGGAGGAUUUCACGUGGGUCGCGAGACCAUGCGUCAGAUGAUGUACGAUGCUGCGCGCUUGUCGCUGGAGAUGGAACCGUCGCCCCCAAGUACCCUCAAAGCGAAGGUGCUUGAAAGAUUUGGGAUACAUGGGGUAGAGAACGCCCCAGAGGUGCUACCAGUGGUGCACUUGCCAGAGCCGGGUACAGCAGAGGCAGCUGCAUCUGUUCCGCCGUACCUCCUCGUUGCGCGCGAGAAAAGGCUAAGCGAGCUUGCUCCGCUCGUUUUCGAGGCUGCGUUCAAGGACAAGGACCCCUUCGCGCUGAAUGUGUUGAAGAACUGUGCUGAAGGACUUGCGGACCAGAUUGCAAUGCUCUGCCGUAAGCCUGGAGAGGAUCCGAGUGUGAAACCAAGAGCAGUGGAAGCAAAUGAGGCCGUGUUAUGUUUUGGAGGGAGCUUGGUGGGUAUCAAGGAUUAUAGGGCCUUGAUACAUGAUGCAUUGGCGAAGAAGGGACACGUCUUUAAAUAUGUGGAGUUCGUUGACGAUGCUGCGGCUGUAGGAGCGGUAGGGCUAGCGUCUUUAGGGAGAACAUGAGAGUAUGUCUGCUCACUAGUUAAGUAUAUCAUAUGGAACUUGUUUCUUUGAAAUUCGAGGCACCUGCCCUAAAUAUUUCCACGGUCGCCAUACAAAAACCAACUUGCAUUCUCUUUUUUUCUUCUUUGUGCG